AUGACCCGAGAAAGACGCCUCGAGCUACGGGAGGAAAUCCGGGAGAUGUUCAUCCACUCGUACGACGGUUACAUGAGACACGCCUUUCCCGGGGGGGAACUCCUGCCGCUUUCUUGCGGAUCGGGCGAGCUCCACCUCGUUAAGGUGCCCCUGGUUACCUUGGUGGACAGCCUGGACGCUCUGGCCAUCAUGGGCAACGCCACCGAGUUCCGGAGAGCCGUAAGGCUUGUCUCCGACGGCCUCGACGUGGAGGCAGACGCAGACGUGUCCGUGUUCGAGAGCAACAUUAGGAUUCUGGGUGGCUUGCUUUCAGCGCACCUUCUCGCGACAAACCCGGACCUCGGCCUCUACCGCAGCCACGGCGGUGGUGGCCGGUGUGUUGGAGACAACGGCAACGGUGUUCGCUUUUCCGAUAGAGGGGGGAACGCGGCUGGGGAAAGGAGUGUCGGUGGGUAUGGCCAAGACCGGGAGUCGGACGAGAAGGGGGGGUUCCGUGGACUGGACGAUGACUGGUCCGAAGAAAUCGGACACAGGGCGGAGGAGGGGGAGGGAGAGAGCGGUGAAGAGCAGUACGAUGGAGAGCUGCUGGUGCUGGCGGAGAGGCUCGGGCGACGCCUGCUGCCGGCCUUCAAAACCCCAACAGGUAGUUUAGGGGGCUGCGACGUCACUCAGCUGUCAGGAAUCCCGUAUGGCACGGUGAAUCUGAAGAGAGGCGUUCCGAAAGGAGAGACAACGAUAUCUUCCCUGGCGGGGGCCGGUUCGCUGACGGUGGAGUUUUCCGUCCUCUCCGCGCUCACGGGGGAUGGCGUUUUCGCCGAGGCGGCAGAGGGGGCCGUGAAGGCCCUCUUCGAUCGGAGAAGCGCCGCCCUCGGCCUGCUCGGAAAGCACAUCGACUCCAAGACGGGGGUCUGGACAGAGACCCAAAGCAGCAUAGGGACGAACGGCGACAGCUUUUACGAGUACUUACUGAAGAUGUACGUGCUCUGGGGGGACGUGGGGUGA